AGGGAAAUCGAGACGGCGGAAGGAACACGGCUUGGAGAUGUAUAAAAUGCGUGUCUUCCCACGAGGAGAGGACAGCUGCUCAGACAUUCUCACAGUUCUGAUUGUCCUCGCAAACUAGCCUCAGCCUAACAGCACAAAGCUUUCACGGAGCCCUUACACUUCAGCCGCCAUGCGUCUUCCUAUCAAGACACUCUUUGUCUCUCUCCUCGGAGCCAGCGUUCUCGCACGCCCUCUUCCCAAUGAUGCUCUGGUUGAGAGAAACGCUCCCCUGAACGAGUUCCUCAGCGUCCUUCUGUCUCAUUUGCCUGCCAUCAACGGCUCUAUCACUGCAGUGUCGGGUCUGAUCACCGAUUUUGAUCAAUUGCUGGCUGACAUCACCGGUGCUCAAACCACGCUAAAUGGAUUUACUGGCACCUGCACUGACUAUACCGUUCUCUUCGCCCGCGGAACCAGUGAGCCCGGAAACGUUGGUGUCCUCGUUGGACCUCCUCUUGCUGAGGCGUUUGAGGGAGCCGUUGGUGCGUCAGCCUUGAGCUUCCAAGGUGUCAACGGCUAUUCCGCAUCUGUCGAGGGCUAUUUGGCUGGAGGUGAAGCCGCCGGUAGCAAGGCAAUGGCAUCCCAGGCCAGUGACAUUCUCUCCAAGUGUCCCGACACCAAGCUCGUCAUGAGUGGCUACUCCCAGGGCUGUCAGAUUGUGCACAAUGCUGUUGAGCAGCUUCCUGCCGAACACGCUAGCAAGAUCAGCAGUGUCCUCCUUUUCGGAGACCCAUACAAGGGCAAGGCUCUCCCCAACGUUGAUGCUUCCCGCGUCCACACUGUGUGCCACGCCGGAGACACUAUUUGCGAGAACAGCGUUAUUAUUCUGCCCGCUCACUUGACCUACGCUGUUGAUGUGGCUUCUGCGGCUGACUUCGCUGUUGCGGCUGCAAAGAACUAAAUUACGAUAAGGGCUCCAUGUUCACUGU